GACGACAAUUCGAUAGAGAGUGUUUGAGCACCCAGUAACCCUCCUUCACCGUCUCACCCCUUGGAGCUCCCCGUCUUCGCCAUGUCUGCGGUUCCCAACAUCCCCACAGAUAUUCCACCGCUAGCAGACCACGCCGCCGUGAACGGCAUUGUUGCUCCCAACUUCCAGCUCUCCGACUCCCCUAUUGAGAAUCUGCGCCCUCUCAAGGUCAUUGUGAUAGGAGCUGGAUAUUCUGGCAUCUACUUGGGUAUUCGGAUACCCGAGAAGCUGCGCAAUGUCGACUUGGUGAUUUAUGAGAAGAAUCCGGGUGUGGGAGGGACGUGGUACGACAACAGAUAUCCUGGUUGCGCAUGCGAUAUACCUUCACACUCGUACCAAUAUUCCUUUGAACCAAACCACCACUGGUCCUCCCUCUACGCCCCCUCUCGCGAAAUCCAAGCCUACCUCGAAUCCGUAGCAAAGAAGUACUCUGCAGACCGAUUCAUCAAGCUUUCGCACGAAGUCACCAACUGUCGUUGGGACGAUGAGGCCGCCAAAUGGCACGUCACGGUCAAGGAUCUGACGACGGGCUCCCAGAUCGACGAUUCCUGCGACGUCCUUAUCUCCGCUCGAGGUAACUUGAAUACCCCUUCCUGGCCCGACAUUGACGGCCUGGAUACGUUCAAGGGAGAAGUCAUGCACUCCGCUCGCUGGAACGAGAAAUACGACUUCACCGGCAAACGCAUCGGCGUCAUCGGCUCGGGCUCCUCGUCCAUCCAAAUCGUCCCCUCUCUCCAACGCCUCCCCUCGACCACCCUCACCGUCUUCGCCCGCAGCAAAACCUGGAUUUCCCCUCCCUUCGGCCAACACCUCUGGGACAAGCACGGCUUCACAGGGUUCGAGGUCCCCGCCGACAUACGCUCGCGCUUCGCCACCGACGACGAAUUCUACCACGCCUUCCGCCUAGCGGUAGAAGAAGACGGCAACGCCAUCCACGCCUUCACCAUCCAAGGCACCGAGAUGCAAAAGGGCGCAAAGCAGAUGUUCACCGAGCACAUGCAGAAGCGCUUAGCGUCCGCGCCGCACAUCCUCGACGCCCUACUCCCUUCCUUCUCCCCUGGAUGCAGACGCCUCACCCCGGGGCCGGGCUACCUCGAAGCCCUCACCCAAUCCAACGUCACCUUCACCUCGAGCCCCAUCACCCGCAUCUCCGAAUCCGCCAUCCACACGGCCGACGGCAAGGCGCACGAGAUCGACGCCCUGGUCUGCGCGACGGGCUUCCAAGCCGGCAUGGCCGCUCCCUUCCCCGUCACGGGCCUCGACAACGUCUCCAUGCGCGACAAGUGGAGUCAGCGCGCGCGAACCUAUCUCUCCCACAGCAUCUCCUCGUUUCCCAAUUUCUUCAUCAUGCUGGGGCCCAAUGCAUCCAUUGGAUCGGGGUCGCUGACCAUGAUGAUCGAGUGCGUGGGCGAUUACAUCGUUCGCUGUAUCCGCAAGCUGCAGAGGGAGAAUUAUGCGGCCAUGAUGGUGAAGCGGGAUCGCGAGGAGGAUUUCCUCGAGUAUGUGGAUCGGUACUUUGAGGGUACCGUUUUCGCGGAGGAGUGCGCGAGUUGGUAUAAGAAUAAGGAGAGGAAGGUUACCGGGUUGUGGCCGGGGAGUACGCUGCAUUGCAUUGAGGCUAUGAGGGCCGUUAGGUGGGAGGAUUUUGUGUGGAGGCCGCUUGGGGAGGCGUGGGAUGAGGAUGACAUGGAAAAGGAGAGGGAUGGAACCCAAAAUGGAGAGGUGAAGCCGAAGAAGAAGAGGACGAAUCGUCUGGCCUGGCUGGGCAAUGGCUGGAGUGUGAAUCAACUGGAAGAGAAGCACCUGGCUUGGUACAUCUACCCCGAGUUUGUGGAGAAGCCGGUCGCGCCGUUGCCGGAAGAGCAUCCAAAGUAUAACAUUAGGACCUUCUCAUAUUGAUACAGAGGGUAUAGACAGAAUACGAUUUUAUCAAGAAGUAUAUUGGCGAUUUGACAUCAACUCCGACAACAAAGUCCCCAAGACUACAAAAUGUACCGUCCUAUUUGCUCCUCCUUGCCACGCAAGAUCCCCGAAAGGAUGCUAUUCGAACAGCAACGGACGG